AUGGACCGCCAUGCCAUCGAUGUACCGGCAAAGAUCAACAAUAGCCGACCGAGCAAUGGGCAAAAUGAUGAAGCUUUAUCGCCAGAGGGCCUUCUAGGUGCUAUUCUGGAGUUGGAACCAGGAAGCCCACAGACAAGCCACUCAUCUAUCAGCCAAGAUGGCACGGCGAGACGAGACUCGCGAAGCAGCAUCUCAUCUAGUUCGGGAAGACCUCCAAGUCGAAAACGACUAGCAUCCAGUGACUCGCCUUCUCAAAUCGAUUCCCUUGAAUCUAUUCCAGGGGCAUUCAGUUUCUAUAUCGGACCAACCGGAGUUUCCGAUAUCCAUAUCCUGAGCCACCAACCAUACAACGACCAGAAUGUCUCAAUACCAAAAGUAAAUGGCUUGAAAUAUCGAAUCAUGGACAACCCAUCUCAGAAACAGAGGAAAACAGUCGAUUUCUCCCCACCUACUGUUUUUGGUAUCACCGACCAUUCUCUUCUAGAGAAGGCUGAGCCAAAACUUGAUCCGCAACUUACGGAUAAUGCAUGGCCUCGCCUAUGGGCUAUGAUGGAUCCUACUGAAACGUGGCAUCUCAUCAAGCUGUAUUCGCGUUAUGUUGACCCCUACUUUCCGAUUCUUUCUAGCCAUCAAAUCCCAUCAUCACCAACCGAGUUGAGUAAAAUGCCAUUGGCAUUAUUGUCAGCAAUUUGUGCCACCUCGCUUCAAUUCGUCAUGUAUGACGAUAGUCUCUACACAUUGCUUUUAAACCCUCCCUCUAGUGAGCAAUUAUAUCGUCUUUGCUGGCUUUCUGUAUCGCAGGAACUUCACGCACCUUCUCUCGCAACACUUCAAGCCUGUCUCCUCCUUCAACAGCGACUUCCUACGAACAUGUAUCUCUCCGAUACCGCUUUUGCAUGGUCACUCAUGUCAACCUCCCUGGCCGUUGCGCAAACGGUCGGGCUUCACCGAGAUGCAGGAUCAUGGUCCUCUAUUCCGCCUUGGGAGAAAAGGCUUCGGCGUCGACUCUGGUGGGGUCUCUAUGCCAUGGAGAAGUGGGUCGCCCUAGCACGAGGAAUGCCCAGCCACUUAGGUGAUGAUGAUUACGAUGUAUCUAUGCUCAAGCAGGAAGAUAUACAAGAUACCUUGUCAGACUCUCCGGAUACACAGAGCCACAUCUACCAUUUGUCGACAUUAUCGACAAUACUAUCGGAUAUCCAGCGAUCCUUCUAUUCGGUGAAGGCGAUCGGAAAGACAUCAAAUGACCUCCAAUACUCCUUGGACUUAGCAAGGCCAAUGCGCGUGAGGCUUAAAGACUGGCGUGAUAAUUUGUCAAGUAAUUUGAGACCAACCUCUAAUGCUGGUUCUGGCGAGGACCUCGAUGGGAAUGGAUCACUUUAUCUUUCAUACAUCGUCACGCAUGUGGCUCUCCUUCGCGCCUUGUUACGACCAUUGGAUCGAUGGCCGGCAAUAAUCAAGAUAACUGAAGAAGAGCCGGAUGCAACCUACGAGGGCGCCAAAGCAGUGGUUAAAGGGGCGUUGUUAUGUGUGAAAGAAUUUGUUGAGUUUGUCGAAAAGCUCACGGGAGCUCAGUGGAAUGCAUUCUGGCAUAGCUGGAGUCGACCUAAUUUCGCCAUCGCUGGCUCCUUCAUGGUGCAUCUUCUACAAAUCGUCUCACCCUCCAACCAGGCCGAGGGCGAAUCAAGGCCCGAGUUUUUAAAAUACUCAUUCGACCAAGAGCAUACCGAACUUCAAGACUGGAUUCGGAGAUGGCGCUGGGCAACUCGUAUUUCGGCAAAUGGAGCAGCAGGGGUCAAAGGCUUGACAAAUCUCGGAUUCAUUAAGGUAGAGACUCUAAUGGGAAAUGGAACAUAA